AUGCCAUCCAACUCAAGAACUGGUGCUAAUGCUAUUCUUUGUCUAUUGAAUUUUACUGUAGUUUUGUGUUCGGUGUGUAACUAAAUACUGUGACCAAAGUGACUAACUCAAUUAAUAUGCAUUACAACUGUGAUGUGCAGAAGGGCAGCACUGACUGUUGAGUUCAGUUGCAACACUGAAUGCACAACAUGUUGAACCUUGAAAUGGAUGGGCUACAGCAGCAAAAGAUCAAUAUUAGGAGGUACCUAAAAAAGUGUCCGCUGAAUGUAUCUAGAAAUGUUCAAGGGUCUUUCAGUGACAUACCAAAUCUCCUCAAACUUAUGACAAAGAGCUGCUGGCAUGCCACCUUCAUCAAUGUGUUGGGCCCAGAUCAGAUCAUCUGGGACAAAGCAACACACACAAAAUGCUGGAGGAAUUCAAUAGGCAGUCCUGAGGAAGGGCCUUGGCCUGAAACGUCAACUGUUUACUCUUUUCCACAGAUACUGCCUGGCCUGCUGAGUUCCACCAGCAUUUUGUGUGUAUUGCUUCGGAUUUCCAGUAUCUGAAGAUUUUCUCAUGUUUGAGAUCAUCUGAGUUGAUGGUGCUCGGGAUCUAGAAGUUGCUCAUCUCAACCACCUACCCCUCAAAACAGACUGGUGUGUGUUCUCCCAACAUUCCCUAUCUAAGCCCGCAAAGCAAGCCUAACACUUACAGGAAUGAGAUGUGUUGAUCAAUAAUUGGGCAAUGUAAUAGGUCAAAAACUGCAAGAUGAUCUGCUUGGAUAAGUUUAUUCAGCUGACUCCAGUACCAAUAUCGCAUUAUCCUAAAAGGUUACUUAAAGGAUUUUCUGUACAAAACCAAUAAUGAUAUUGCUAUUAAAAACAAAUUCAAUCUUUGGAGCAUGAGAAGUGACAAAUGUGGUUUCGUGUUAGCUUGAGAGAUGGAGCUGUUAUUCAUUUAGAAUCUGUUUUAAUUAAUGAAAUCCUUCUGUUCACUGGCAUUGAUCGGAUAAAAUGCAUCCAAUGAAGUGUCAAAUCAAACAAUGUGUCCAAUGAGUGUCAAAUCAACAACCUGUCUCCUGACAAAUGAAGUGGCAGUGUGUCUCUGCUCUGCUGCAAGCGACAGAUUUGGUGCUGUGCUGAUUUUUAGGGCACUAAACCAAUUCCAUUUGAAGGAACAUAUUUGGUAGAGAAUUUUGUUUUUUUAAUCAGAUAAAGAUAAAAUUCUAUUUAAGUCUGGAUCUUGGUUUCAGCUUCUGCUACAUUUAUUUUUAUGAAUAUGUUUAUGAAAUUAAGAAAGCACAUACUGAACCAGCUUCGAGCUGCAUAUAAGAACUGUGUGAAGAAUUGUUCCUUUUACACUUGAAGAGGAGGAUUUUUCUUCUUUACUUUUCAAGAAUAUACAGGAUCACAUGAGUGCAAGUAUUAUCUGCAGUAAGACUGAAGGGAUUUUGAUCAAAAUGAGCAAAUCAAGUUGAAGACCCUUGCUGGACUGGAUGAAAGCAAACACUAAUUUGUGGUCAUGAGUUGAUUUCAAGUGGUAUGCAAUGAAUUUGUAUAAUUGCAAUCAUCAUGCCAACCACAAUGAGAUGUCUCUUCUAGCUGAAGAACUCGUUACUGUACAGUUCCCUGCAAAUGCUUCCCAUUCCAUGGAUUUUCUUCAGCACGAAGACAUGCAAGCAUGGGUGAAUGCUUUGGGACACUCCAAAACAAACAUUUUGAUGAUUCCUCUGAUAAUUUGCCUUUUUGCCUCAUUGUUGGCUGCACCUCUUGUCUUGAUUGCCAUCUUUUCAAACAACAACCUUCAUCAGGAAACCAGGUAUCUGCUGCUUGCCAACACUUUGGUUAAUGAUCUAAUUUAUUCAGUACUGAACACCUUCAUCGACAUCCUUAAUGCUGCAGGUGUCGGGAUGCCUAAAGUUGUUUGCGAAACACUAUUGUAUGUGUUAACAGUGUCUUACUGUAAUGGCCUUCUGACAGUUACUGCAAUGGUGGUGGACACUUAUGUGGCUGUUAGCUGGCCCCUUCAUUAUCCCUCACUUUUACCUCGAUCCAGGGCCCUGAAAAUCAUCAUCUGUAUUUGUAUUGCUUCUGCCACAGCUCCAUCUGUCAUUUAUAUAAUGACACUCGGAACUCAACAGAAUCCAUUGUCCACAAUAUCAGUUUGUAUUUUACCUUUGAUAUUCAUGUUUUCCUUCCUUCGAUUACCUAUAUUAAAAAUGUAUUACAGUUUUACAGUAAUUUACUUUCUAAUAUGUUUAGUACUGAUUUCCAGUAGCUAUGUCAUGUUAUACUGCAAAACUAAGACGUCAGGAAUAUGGACUGGCAACUCCAGGGCAAGGCAGACUUACCUUAUUCAUUCAAUGCUGCUAUUCUUUUACUUCAUCCCUUUGCUUGUGCUGGUGGCAGGGGGUACACUCCAAGAAAUGGACCUGAUUUCCUAUGUGACAGGACUCUGGAUCAAUAUGUCAAUGGCAAAUUUGCUUAUGAUGUUACCCAAAGCAGUUUCCCCAUAUGUUUAUGCACUGCGGUACCGAGAGGUGACAAAGUCAAUCCAAACUUUAUCACUGCUGAGGCACAUUAGGCGUGUAAACCCCACUGAUUAGCACCAUCAGGAUACUUGAUUCAUUCAAAUGAAACUUUCAACCAUAGGAAAACUGUCAAUG